AUGCCUUCCGUCCCCGUCGUCAUCACCCAAUCCCUCCCCACCCCCUACGCUGCCUCCUCCGUUGCCCCCAACAGCGUCAACUCGAGCACCUUCCUCAGCAGCACCUCCGGCCGCUCCUCCUACAUCUCUAGCACAGCUAGUAGCUCCUCUGCCGGUAGCUACCACGCCCACACCUCCGCGACCCGUCCGCCGCAGGUGACGGCGCAGACGCCCUAUGUCAAGAAGGAGUUUAUUCAUACCGGCCGCCCACAGGGCGGGAACCCCCACGGCGGCCCGAGCCAGAACAUGGAGGGCUACGAGCGCGUGAGCAGGGGAAAUGUCACGGUGCACAACACGGGCGGACAGGCGAGGGGCUUGAAUUCGGUCAAGUUGGGUGUUGAGAAUGGGAAUGAUGAGAGGCACACCAAGGAGUGCAGGGAGUUGUCGAGGUAUAGUGACAACCUGGGGUUGUGCUUUUGCCCGCCGAGCGGGAAUUAA